AUGGUGAAACCCUCGAAACAGUAUCAGUGCCAGCGGUGUUCCCGGACAUUUGCCCGGUUGGAACAUCUCCAACGGCAUGACCGGUCGCAUACCAAGGAGAAGCCCUAUAUUUGCACACAAUGUCCCAAGUCGUUUACGCGGAAAGACCUCCUGGCGCGUCAUGAACGCCUCACACAUACGGCUACCCCGGGUCCAGCGUCGCCAUCGGCACCAGUCUUUGAUGGCCUCAAUGUCCUGGCAUCUGCUGUCACCGACCACCCCACGUCGCCAGGACAGCCUGUACUAUCUACCCCGGAUGCUUCAUUUCCCCCAGACAUCCCGACCACCCAUCUGGCACCCCGACCACCCUUCCCCGAACCAUUCGUGCCAUACCCCCCACCCAGCUACGAUGGCGACGACUUCACCACCUUUCUCGAUAGCAUCCCCCUCCCCAGCCAUCCCUACUCGCCUACCUACCAGCCCCUCCCCUUAUUUCCCCCCUUCCACUUCGACACUACUACAUCCGACUACACCCAACCCACCACCAGCACCAGCACCAGCACCACCCCCUCCAGCUCCGUCCUCCCCCGCCACGGCACCCAACUCCCCUCCCUCCACCCCGACCCAACCACCAACCUCACCACCAUCACCACCCACCGACCCCGUCCCCCCGCCGCCCCCAUCGCCGUCACCCCCCACUGUCGCGACCGCAUCAUCGCCACCCUCUCGUCCUAUUCCAACGUCAUCUCCCACCCCUACACGCCCUCCCGCCACGCCCUCUCCCGCUUCCUCGGCGGCUACCUCACCAACUUUCACUGCCACUACCCCUUCAUGCACCUCCCCACCCUCGACAUCGACAGCCUCCCCGUCCACCUCAUCUUCGCCAUGGCCGCCGUGGGCGCGCAAUACUGCCGUGAACCCGAAACCAGCAUGACCCUCUACAAGACCGCCAAAGCCGUCACCCUCGAACAUAUCCGUCGCGAACUCCAAUGGGGGUGCACUACCCCCGUCCCCCAAUUCCCUGAUACCAUCCCCACGGCCACGGACCCCACCACAACCGAAACCGAAAAAGAAAAGGGAAAAAACAUCAUCGAAACCAUCCAAGCCCUCCUCCUCCUCAUCUCCGUCUCCUGCUGGUUCGAACGCGACCCCCCGCACCACGAAGCCCUCUACAUCCGGAGCUUUAUGGAAACCCUCCUCCGCCAAAGCGGUCUGAACGAUCUCCCUAUCCAAGACGGAUCCUGGGAAAGUUGGAUCCGGAGUGAAAUGGUCAAACGCACCAAACUUAUCGUGUUUUGUUUCUUUAGUGUGCAUACCAUCGUGUUUGAUAUUCCGCCCUUGAUUUUGACGGAGGAGUUGGCGUUGGAUUUACCCUGUACCGAGAAGGAGUGGACGGCGGGGACGGCGGAGUUGUGGGCGCAGGAGCGGGGGUUGAGGGGUGGGGAGCCCAAGUUGCAGGAUGCGUUGGGGGGGUUGUUUUGUCAUGCGCAGAUGUCGACAGCCGCGGGGAAGUCUCGGUUGGAGAGUUUCUCGUCCAUGGGGGGCUAUGUCAUCAUUCAUGCCAUGAUUCAGAAUAUCUGGUUGAUUCAGAAGGCCACGCGCUUGCCGGUCUCGAAUGGGAGCUUUUUGUCCCCGUCGGUCAUUACCUCCCUCGAACAGGCCCUGGAACAUUGGUGUCAGUGUUGGGAACAUAAUCAGGAGUCCUCCAUUGAUCCGUUUAAUCCUCAUGGGCCCUUGUCGUUUACCUCUACGGCGUUGCUGCGGUUGGCGUAUAUCCGGCUGAAUGUGGAUUUUAGUUCCGCGCGGCGGUUGGAUACGUGGAAUCCGGAUGAGGUGGCGCGCUCGUUGAAGAAGAAUCUCGCCGUGCAGCGGAGUGAUCGACUGACAAGAGCGGCGUUGCAUUGUGCGCAUGCCCUCAGCACACCGAUCAAACUGGGCAUCAACUACGUGGCGCGCACCCUCGUCGUCUCGUGGUCGAACCAAUACGCACUCUGUUCCCUGGAAUGCGCCGUCUUACUGGCCAAAUGGCUCGAGGUGGCUACCGUCCCCGACCCCCAGCCGAGUCUGACCGAACAAGAAAGCAAACUCCUGGAAUUUGUCCUCGAAAUGGUCAUGGAGGCCCAACAUGGCGUCACGCGUGAAUGGCUGCUAGCUAACAACACCCGCCUCAGUGCCACCGUCACCCGCCUCUGGGCCCGACUCUUCACCGCAGAUUACAUCUGGCAACUGGUCAAUCUGAUCGGCCGCUCCUUGAACCGCUAUGCGGAUAUCCUCGAGACUGAUGGUUAA